CACAACUCCAAAAUUUGUGCGACAAUGCCAGAUUUCACAUUCGUACACGGUGACUCUGCAGAAUCCCACAGCCCACCUCGCAAAAGAUCAGUGCAACAGCGCGCCCAGCCAAGAUUGACUCCAGCUUUGUACAAGGCUUCGAUCAAGACAAUCGCAGACACGGCCACGAUUAGAGUCUCUUCGUCUACAGCCGGGAUUGACGAUGCGAUUUUGCAGCGCAUCAAGAAAUGCCUCCAACGAGCGAACCACAAGAACACUCCCGAGCCCGAAGCCAAGGCGGCCUUCUAUCUAGCCUCGCGGCUCAUGGGCCAGUACAACGUCUCGCAGGCCGAGGUCUUGGCUCACGAGCCACCAGCUACGCAGCAACAAUAUGCAGGACAGAGCGUAGUGUCGAUCAAGCGCGCCGAUGGGUCGAGGAACACGGUAAACAACCAGGGCUUCGUAAAGGAACUAGCCCUCGCAAUGACCAAUUUCUUCGACUGCAAGUAUUAUUCAACGCGGAACUUUACCUCCAUGGAUUGGACCUUUUACGGCAUUGCUGAGAACACGGUCGCUGCCGCCAUGGGAUUUGAGAUGGCGUACAACCUGAUUAGUGAAUGGGCAAGACCAUACAAAGGCAAUGCGAGCAAAAGCAGUUACUGCAUCGGGGUUGCUGAAGAACUUGACCGCAUGGCGAGGAAUGAGAAACGCGCUCAGGAGAAACAGGCUCGUGAAGCAGAGGGCGAAUCUCUGCACAUACGGGUCGAACACGAAGAAGCACAGAGACAGGCUGAAUUGGAUCGCUUGACCUUCGUCCCGAGUAUCCAGAAAGAGCCGGAUGAGGAGAACACCGAUGGCACCAUAAAAACCGAGAACAACGACCAUGAAGAUGCCAGUGGGGACGAAACUACAGCCGACUUCAUAGAGAAUGAAGUCAAGGUCGACCCCAAUGCCGAUUUAGAUGUCGAAAUCAUGAGGCUAAUCAAGCCUGAGCCAAGGGACACUCUGCCAAUUGGACGAGUCAGCUCGCCUCCGUCGCCAAAACCUCCAGCCAACGAUACUAAAGCGCUUCCGAAUCAAGAUGCGGCAUCCAGUUCCUCGAGUACUAUCAAGCAAGAAGAGGUCGGCGAGGCAGAUUGCAAAACACUUUGGGCAUCGCCCAUGCAAUUGACCAUCUUCCGCGCGAAUGCCCGCAGAAUCGCAGAUGACUAUCUCAAAGAUCGUGGAGUGAAGCUCUCCACUUCUAGGUCUCGAUAUUCCGGGGUUAGUGAUUAUUCGGCAUAUUCACAGGGAGUCCGUGAUGGCAAGAAGAUUGAUGUUCGUGGCAAGAGGAUAGAAGCGUGAAUCAAGUUCAAACGGCGAAGAACUUCAAGGUCCCAUAUAUUGGGAGUCUGUUUGGGAGGGUUUACGCCGCCGUUCUCGGUGUUCUAAGCCACCGUUCGACAACGGAGAAGGAUAUGACUUCAAACAAGUAGAUCCGGAAACGACUCUGGGCCUUGACAUCGCAGAUAACGACAUGAUUC